CCGUGUUUUAACCCACGCGUACACACCAUACAUCCAAUAAAAUUAUUCCAAAGAACUGGGGCUUGCGGCCACGUUUCAAGACAGCUUCGAGUCUAGGAAUUGCCACCACUUGCUUUACAGCAGCAGUUUCGAGCUGAAGUUUCGACAAACUGUCUUAUGAUAUUGCGUUUGCGUUUGGUCUAGAGCAUCGAACAACUUAAACUUCCACCCACCGGGUUGCUAGUAAUAGCGAAGGCAGUCUUGAAGACUGCGUCCGCUCGCUAUUGGAAGCACGGCCACCAGCCGGGCUUGGCCCAAUCGGACAAUUAACAUCAUGGACCUCGAGCAAGGGCAAUGGCAGCGGCCACGGCGCGCCAGGACGUCGUCAACUGGGGCUAACGGGGCUAACGGCGCAACACACGCUGGUCACGCGGCGCUCCUAUCGGUGCCCCCCAUGCUCGGUCGCCUAAUAUUGGGGACGUGCAUCGCCUUCCUCAUCUUGGGCGUACUUCCAGCCAGCUUUGUGUUUUGGCUGUGCCUGAUGCUGCUGGCCUUCACCUGCCUGCGCAUACGGCUCCAGGCCCAACAACUUCAGCAGGCGUUGGAGCAGACGCAGGAGGAGCAGGCUGUGGAGCGGCUGGCAGGGCCGCUGGCGGCCGGGGGGCGGCUGCAGCUGGGCGGCGGCGGCGGCAGCGCCUUCGUGCGCCUCAUCCCGGGUGGCGGCGGACUGCUGCUGCUGCACACCGACCCGCGGGCCGCCCUCGAGCGCAUCAAUGCGCAGCUGCAGGCACUGGACGAGGAGGUGGGCGCGGCGGGCGUGGCAGCGGACUACGACGCCUUGCUGCGCCUUGGCCGCACCGGGCCGUUGCACCCCGCCGCCAUCCUGCACGGCGCCGGCCUGGCCCGGGUCGCGGCCGCUGUGGCGGCGCCGCCGCCCCUGUCGGAUGAAGACAUCGCCGCUCUGCCCAGCUACCCCUACAAGGCCCCGCGGGCCAGCAGCAGCAGCAGCGGCCCUGAUGCCGCGUCGCCACACCGCCAGAAAGACCCGCAGCCGCACGCAGCCCCGGCGGACUUGUUGCCAGAGCAGCCCUCCAGCGGCGCUCUCGUGAGCCUUGCUUCCGGCGAGGCGCCGGCGGCGCUGUCCUCCGGGGCGAGCCUGCGACGCAGCGGCUCCGGGCUCUCACCUCGGCAUGUUGCGGCGCAGCAAGCGCGACUUCCGGCAGAGUCAGCGGGGCUGAGCGUAACGGCAGGCGGCGGCUCCACGGCGGCAGCCCAUACAACAGCAUCGGGCUGCGGCGGCCACGAGGGUCUGACGUGCUCAGUGUGUCUGGACCAGGUGGGGGACGGACAGAUGGUGACGACGCUGCCGUGCCUACACCAGUUCCACAGCGCCUGCAUCAACCCCUGGCUGCGGCACAAGGGGCUGCACGCGAGCUGCCCGCUGUGCAAGACGCCCGUGUUCCGGUGAAGGGCGGUGAAGGAGUGCAUGGGUAGCCAGCAGAGCAGGAAGGAGGAUUGCUGUUUAUUUAGGGCAGGCUGUGCAUGUGCGCUGUCAGGCAUUGGCAUGCGUGUUGCGCUGCAUUUCGGUGUUGCAUGGUAAUGCAAAACACUGGAAGGGCGAUACAGUUCUUUAGGAUAUGGCGCUUUUAUUCGUUCCGGCCGUUCCGGCGGGUCCGCUUUCUGCGGACCAGGCAGGUUUAGCACAUGUUAGCUCAUGGCUGCAGGCGCGUCUGAGACUUUCGCACGUAUGAACACCUCCUGUGAAAUGUGGACUGAGGUUGGCAGGGUGGCCAGACCGCAUCGUCCAACGGAACAUGUGUCCUUGCGGGUGCAGGAAGCUAGCUAGCACGCACCAUAAUGGGAGGCGCACGGGCUGCUGUGUUUAUUUAUUGCGGGGGGUGCAAUGGACUGUAGCAGCAGCUGGCAUGUACACUGGCAAACGCAUCACACGGCGCCCCGUGCUUUGGUGCCGCAAUUGGCGCACCAGGCCGUGAUCGUGCGACGUUGGGGCGCUCUUCCUCGCCGACCGCGUCUGACAAUUAUGUUCGUGUUUAAGCGUACGUGGCGAGGCGCAGGUUAGGCAUGCCACACCACUGAAUGUUACUACCGUAUUGUUAUGUUGGUGGGUCUGCGCAUUGUUGUUGGUCGUCUUAAGUAAAGAUCAAGCUGCUGGUCCUAACUUAAGUCUGGGGUGCUAUGAGUUUUCCCCAUGUGGUCCUUAUGUACUGCAGCACUGUCACCUACUCUUUCGCAUUUAACGAGUGUGUUACCUGGCUGGGUAGGGGCAACUGAGUCUGCUACCGUGGGCGCGCGGCACGGCUUGCCGUGCGCGUGUGUUACCUAGGCGGGAUUGUGGGUGCUGGCAGGUGCUGGCGCGAUAGUGCUGAGUCAAGUGCUGUAGUAGGACAAUCGGCAAAAGGCACACUUGGAUGCCCCAGGGCGUGCUCCACAGGGUUCAGUACCGAAUGUGCGUAGAACUACUGCGUUCCGCCCCACACGUGCUGACUCGGGCGGCAACAGAUGAAAUGAGUGCACUCUUAAUGAGUUACCUACUUGUGGAUGGGCUGGUGGUGGUAUCAGACGCGCAAUGAAGAAUCGCCGAGCUGUAUGGACUCGUCGCCUUUGAGUAAUAGCAUGAAG